AUGGCGGCGGCCACCUCCUCGUCGGCGGUGGCGGUAUCUACGCCGCAGGGAGUGGCGGAGCGGCGGGGAAUCCCGGCGGCGUCCUUCGUCGAGGAUGUCGAGACCUACCUCCGGCAGGCCGGGCUCGAGGUCAACUCCGCCCUCGCCUUCCUCCAAGAAAGGCUGCAGCAGUACAAAAUGGUGGAGAUGAAACUUUUAGCACAACAAAGAGAACUUCAGGCGAAAAUUCCUGAUAUAGAAAAAUGCUUGGAUAUUGUUGCGACAUUGAAAGCUAAAAAAGCUUUGGGCGAGGCACUCAUAGCUGAUUUUGAAUUAUCUGAGGGAAUCUAUUCGCGUGCUAAAAUCGAGGACUCUGACUCAGUGUGCCUAUGGUUGGGUGCAAAUGUGAUGCUGGAAUACUCCUGUGACGAGCCUUCAUUUCUGGGAGUUUUGCAGGCCAAUGAGCUCUUGAAAAGUAACUUGGAAAAUGCGAGGGCCAGUUUAGAAGUCCUUGUUGGCGAUCUUCAUUUCUUACGGGACCAGCAAACGAUAACUCAGGUUACAAUUGCUCGGAUAUUUAACUGGGACGUGCACCAGCGGAGAAGCAAGCAGUCUGUUAUGAAAGAAACAUGA